AUGGCGCCCUCGUCGGUCCCGCCCAACCCGACCGCACACAAUGUUGCCCAAUUGUUGCCGCGAUUUGUCGACGAUGACCCCGACUUCCGCUUCAUGGCCUUGAGUGACCUGCACGACAUUCUCGUUGUCGCUCACCCUGGCCUUCUCCUUCACGAUGACGUUGUUGCAGCAAAGACUGUCGAAGGCCUGCUCACAACGCUUGUCGAUACGAACGGCGAGGUUCAGAACCAGGCCGUCAAGUGUCUUGGCCCGUUUGUGAACAAGAUCAGCGACAAGACGUUGCCAGUCAUGAUUGACAAGCUCUCGACGCUUCCCACAGGCAAUACGGUCGACCAAUCAAUACCCGCUCUUGCUCUUCGCGAAGUCGUCGUCUCCCUCCCACGCCCCGUCCACGGUGCUGCGCGUAGCAAGGCCGUCGUAAACGCAUACAGCGCCAUCAGCAGGGUACUCAUUCCUCGUUUGAUCGGAUACAACGUUAUACCCCCAGCACAACAGGGUCUUACGCAGCCACCCAAGGGUAUGCUGCAAGAGGAUUUGGACAAGGGAACAGACAGCAAUGCCAUCGAUGUGCUGACCGAGGUUGCCCGGUGCUUCGGCUCCAUGUUACAGGAUGUUGAGAUCCAGGCGCUGCAGCAGAUUACAUUCGCUAUUCUUGAGAAUGACAGGGCAAGCUCCAUGAUGAAGAAGAAGUCGGUUACUGCCAUCUCCACACUAGCUGGCUACUUUUCCGAUUCAUUGCUGAGUGGUUUCCUAUCCAAGAUGAUUGAACUUCUACGUGACCCGCAUCUUACUCGCAGCAAACGAAAGCUGUAUAUUACUAUACUAGGAUCUAUGGCACGUUCUAUUCCACGGAAAUUUGGACCGUAUCUCAAGACUCUGGGGCCUUUCGUCUUAAGCGCGUUGAGCACCGAGGAACAAGCCGAAGAGAUGGACGUAUCCGAUGAUGAGGGAGAGCGCGACCCAGAGAUCGACGAGGUUCUUGAGGCUGCUCUCAUUGCGCUGGACGGCUUCCUUGCUUCCUGCUCGAACGACAUGCGUGCAUACACCGAAGAGACGAUUGAAGCCGCGACACGAUACCUAAAGUACGACCCAAAUCUGGCGCAAGAUGACGAAGAUGACGAUGAUAUGCCAAGUGACGAAGAAGACGCAUUGGAGGGCGAGGACUUUGAAGAAGAAAUUGGCUACGAUGACGAUGAUGAUGCCAGUUGGAAGGUCCGUAGGUGUGCAGCCAAGGUUCUGUACACACUCAUUUCGACACGGAGCAACGGCGAUCUUCUUGAAGAUGGGACUCUCUACAGUCGAGUCGCACCAGCACUCAUCGCACGGUUUAAGGAACGCGAAGAAAACGUUCGCUUGGAGGUUCUGGCUACACUAUCCAACUUGGUGAGGAAAUCGGGUGACGGUCCCUCGCCAGUCAAAUUCGCUGAUGAGCCAACUCAUGGCGGUAUGAUGUUACCACCAAGCAAGAAGCGCCGUCGUGGUGGCAGUGAUGCAAGCAUGUUCGAUCUUCAGGAGAGUUCUUCCUUAUCUAUGGGUUAUUCUUCACCUGCACCAGCCGGCACUCCUCCAGCAGGUCCUCGGGCUAGCUUAGCAAAACUCAGCCCAGACAUCGUCAAGGGUGUUGCGCAACUACUUAAGCAGACAUCUUGUCCACCGACUACUAAGCAAGCAUCCAUUUCAUUGAUCAAAGAUAUCGUCAUCACUCAGCGUGGCGGUCUUGACGGCUAUCUGAGUCAGCUUAUCAGUCCUGUUGUAGAAGCUGCAAAAACUACUGGAGGAUCAUCAAGCAGUGCUUCGGCAACAGCCAACAGUUUGCGAACUCAAGCUUUGCAGCUGAUAGGGGCGAUAGCAGAUACCCACCCGUCCAAGUCUAUCCAGCCGUAUCUUGAAUCCAUUGUUGAUGCACUUCUUUGUGGCGUCAAGGAGAAGUAUAGCAAGCUAUCUAUUGAGGCUCUUGCGGCAGCCGAACAGGUCAUCAAGGCGCUUACACCACCUCGAUCCGCUGUGUCAGGCACGGAAAACCGUCAAUAUCUGGAGUCCCUUUAUGAAGCGCUGGUUAGUAGGAUAUCAGCAAACGAUGCAGACGUUGAAGUGCGCCGGAGUGCCAUCCAUGUCCUUGGACUACUUCUAGGUCGAAGCUCAGGAACCGAGGGCUUGCUUGCCUCGGAUAAGCGAACGACUGGACUUGAACUUUUGGCUGAGCGCCUGAAGAAUGAGCUUACUCGCCUUGCUUCGGUCCGCGCAAUUGACUCAAUCGCUGCCCAUACAAAGGCAAAAGAUGAGCUGUCAGCCAAGUGGGUGCAGAGCGUCGCAAUGGAACUUGGUGCACAAUUGCGAAAAGCCAGUCGUGCUCUACGUGGUGCAAGCUUGAGUGCACUCCGCACCCUCGCACUGAACCCACAUUCGCGGAGUCAACUCGAUAAUCAAACUCGGAUGCAGGUAGUCGAUAUGCUGUUGCCAUUACUCAACGCAAACGACCUUCACCUCCUAGGUCCUGCUCUUGUCAUUCUCGCUACCUUUGUCAAGGACGAUGCACAAGCUAUCAUGACACCAAGUCUUACCGCCGCGCUAUGUCAGGUUGCUCAAGGUUCCAUUAGUGGAAUGCCACUCGAUGCAUUACUCAAGCUUGUCCGUGCCAUAGGUGAGCAGCGCGUAGGAAAAGAGUUGAUGCAAGCUCUGUUGCAACAAGUUGGUGUGUCCGGACAUGCAGAAGUCGUCGGCAAAGUUAUUGGCAAUCUACUUGUGUAUGGCGGCGACAGUGUCGGUGUGAAGCUCGAGCAGUUUGUCACUGAGCUUGAGACUGCGCAGGACGACAAGCGUCAGUGCCUUGCCCUUGUCGUACUUGGAGAAUCCGCUCUACGACUGGGAUCGCAAUCGACCAUUGAUCCCAAACUGUUCAUCAAAUAUUUCUCUGCAAAGUCUGAGAACGUGCCUCUUGCAGCCGCCGUUGCGCUUGGAAGAGCGGGAGCUGGAAGCGUCAGCAAGUAUCUUCCCGUCAUAUUGUCAAACAUGGGUCAGCCCUCAGCUCCCCAGUACUUGUUUUUGCACGCUAUCAAGGAGAUUCUUCAACAUGAUGACACAGAAUCGGAGAUUAUUCCGUAUACUGACACAUUGUGGCAAAACCUCGUUGCCGCUUCUCAGCUUGAAGACAACAAGGCGAUUGGUGCAGAGUGUAUCGGCAGACUAACCAUCAUCGACCCGAAGACGUACCUCCCUCAGCUCCAGGCAUUCUUGAACGACCGCAAGGAAAGUUUGCGAGCUAUGGUCAUCUCUGCAUUGCGCUACACUUUCACCGAUACCGAUGAAGCCUAUGACGAGUACCUCAAGCCAAUUGUCGUACCUAUGCUUGUUCAGAUGCUCAAUGAGCCGGACCUGGAAAACCGCCGCUUAGCCCUCAUGACCUUCAAUUCUGCGAUGCACAACAAGCCGGACAUUAUCCUGCCUGCCCUCGACCAGUUGCUGCCUCUUGCCAUGAAGGAGACGGUUGUAAAACCUGAGCUCAUACGUGAAGUCCAAAUGGGUCCGUUCAAGCACAAGGUUGACGACGGUCUCGAAAUCCGCAAGAGUGCAUAUGAGACUUUAUACGCUCUUCUCGAGAAGGCUUUUGCACGAUUGUCGCCUAUUGAGAUCUCUGACUUCUUCGAUCGUAUAGUUGCCGGUGUCACUGACGAGCAUGACAUCCGGAUUCUUUGCAAUCUCAUGCUCACAAAGCUUAUGGUGAUUGCUCCCGACCAAGUGCAUUCGCGCCUUGAAUCGCUUGCCGAAAACUUCCGGACUGUGCUUGCCGUCAAACCAAAGGAAAACGCUGUCAAGCAAGAGAUCGAAAAGAUCAACGAAGGUGCCAAGGGCGUACUCAAGAUUUCACUCCAAAUCAACAAGCGAAUGGGCACCGAAGCUGGCACAACACAGGACGACCCACAAUCACGUGUCUGGGCACAGUACUGGGAAUAUGUCUCAAAGGAACAUCAGAACGGACUUAAAGCUGUGGCGGAGGAGCUUAAGGAGCGCGACCGCUGA